AAAGCACCUGGGAGAACGUUAUUCCCUGGGUUUAUUAUGUUCUCACAAUCAGCGAUCAGUCGACUCAACUCCGCUUGUGAGGGGGAAAAAAGACGAGCUCGAGCGAGACGGCCACACUGUCAGCGCCAUGUUCACUUCAACGUUUAUAAAGCAUCGGUUAAUUAGCUACCUGUCCAUUGUCUAGGGCCGCGGACUAACUAAUUAAGGUUAUUGUAACUAAGUGUGUGUGCUGUGAUGAUAAUUGUACUGUCGUAGGCGAAAAUAUCCAAAUGGUUGUUUUUGCUAGCCGUGGGCCUAUUUUCCGGCUAACCUAGCUGCCUUAGCUUGAUAGCUAACAUUAGCAACGCCGUUGCCAACGGAAAGAUAGGUUGGGCUAACGGCUAAAGUUAAUGGUAACGUUUGUUUGAGAUUCAUUGGUGCUUCGCUUUUAUGCGUCGUCCAGUAAACACGUUCCGGAGUCGUUAGACGUCGUUUAUUAACCGUUCAGCUGUGGCGUUACUCGUCUAGUUAGCGUAAACCUUGGAGGCUAGGCUAACGUUAGCUCUGCGCACUUCGAAAUCAAAUCCCAGUCGCCGUGUUUUUGCCCAAACAGAAUUUGUAUGGAAACGGGUUGUGCUUGUGAUCCCUUUCAUUUAAUGCGCCUUUCGUCCCCUCUUACACGCUGAUUAUGUUCCAAAUCUCUAUCUUAAUCGACUAAUACGUUUCUUCUACUUGUUGUUCUUCCAUAUUUGUUAACGGAUCUUUUAAUCACAGCCGUGUCCUCACUGACUCGUCCCAGACCCCACAAAAGUUCCCUAAAGUGUGUAAAACGUCUGCAAAGCAUCCCGAAGUGUUUCAAAACAUAAAGUUCCCUUUUCCCAGUUGCCCCCCCUUCAGUCCCACAAACCCCACUAGUGACCCUUAAAGCUUAGGGUGCAAGGUUGUUCAUGGUUUUCAGUGCAAAAUAUGGAGAAAGCCUGUCACAGCCAGAGGAUGGAGAACUGGAAGAGGGCGAGUUGGAAGAUGAUGGGGGAGAAAUGGAGCAGAUGGGUGGAGGUGUGUCUGCAGCAGGAGGUGGAGAAAAUGGCGGCGAGGAGGCAGGCGGAGGAGGUGAAGCUGCAGGAGAUGGGGCUGGAGAGAGGCCUCCUCGGAGCCGGGACCGCCAUGUGAGCAGUGACUCUGAUGGUGAAAGAGCCCAUCGUCGCAAAAGGAAGAGGAAGAAAGAGAGGGAACGAGAAAGGGAGAAACGGAGAGCCAAGAAGAAACGCAAAUCCAAACACAAACGUCACCCAUCCUCUGAUGAUGACCACUCUGACUACAGCGAUGACUCUGACUACAGUCCCAAUGAGAAGAGGAAGUAUAGAGAGUACAGUCCUCAGUACCCUCCAGCUUCUCAUGGAGGCUACGGUGGCUCCAAAAAGGGCUACAUGAAGAUGGAAAAGCAGAGCUACGGCGGCUACGAUGAGUAUGAUGAGGACAACUAUGAGGGAGAGGAGGAUGAGGAUGUGGGAGAUGAAGAUUAUGAUGACUUUACCAAGGAGCUCAACCAGUACCGCAAAGCCAAAGAGGGUGGAGGUGGCCGUGGUGGUCGAGGGGGCAAAGGGCGUAUGAAGGGCAUGAGAGGCCGAGGAGGAAUGAGGGGGGGGAGAAGAGGAAGGGGAGGAGGCAGAGGGAGAGGGGGGAGAGGUGGAGGAGGAAAGAUGGGCGGAGACAACGAUGAUGGAGAUGGCUACGGAGACGAUAUGGAGUAUGGGGAGGAUGACUAUGACAACAUGGGAGAUGAUGAUUAUGAUGACUACUCAAAAGAACUGAAUCAGUACAAAAAGUCUAAGGGCAGAGGAGGUAAAGGACUCAGAGGACGAGGUCGAGGCAAAGGACCGCGGGGUAUGAUCAGAGGAGGAAAGGGUCGAAACCGGGGUAGAGGAAGAGGUGACAUGGGAAAUGAUGAUGACCACGGAGACAUGGACAAUGGGGACGGAGGUGAUGGACCAGGAAGGAGGAAUCACAACGAUAAACACCAAGAUAAGAAAGGAAAAGCCAUUUGCAAGUACUACAUCGAGGGUAGAUGCACCUGGGGGGACCACUGCAACUUUAGCCAUGACAUUGAACUGCCCAAGAAGAAGGAGCUGUGCAAGUUCUACAUAACUGGAUUUUGUGCUCGUGCCAAUCACUGCCCUUACAUGCAUGGUGAAUUCCCCUGUAAGCUGUUCCACACCACAGGUAGCUGUGUCAAUGGUGACGAAUGUAUGUUCUCUCAUGAAACUCUCAACGAAGACACUCAGGAGCUGCUCAACAAGAUGCUGGCAGAGGAUGCAGAGGCUGGAGCUGAGGAUGAGAAAGAGGUGGAGGAGCUGAAGAAACAGGGAAUAAACCCUCUUCCCAAACCUCCUCCUGGAGUUGGGCUCCUGCCCACACCACCUCGGCCUGUUUCUAUGGACACCAAUUCAGGGCCAGCAGAUUUUGGCGGGCCUUUAGUGGGGGACUUUGGUGGUCUACCAGGACCUAACCAGGGGCCAGUUUCAAUGAAAGGUCCUCCAGGACCAGCACCAGGGCCUGUUUCUGGCCCUGACCCAUGUCCUGGUCCCCCUAUCCAUGGACCUGAUGGAAGUAUCUUUCAAGGUGGUCCUCCAAUUUCAAGUGGUCCACCUCCCCAUAUGGGUCCCCCACCCCCUGGUGCUGUUGGUGGUGGUGCAUGUGGUGCAGGGAAGAAGAUCCCCUCACUGUUUGAGAUUAAAGUUCAGCCGACAGGACAGCUGGCUCAAAAACUUGCUGUCAGGAGCCAAACACCCAGCACCAAUCCGGGUCAGACUACUGCACCUGGACCCCAGGGAGCCCCUGGUGCACCCCCUCCCCGCUUUCCUGCCCCUCCAGGCAUGUUGUCCCCUGAAAUGCAGAACAUGGGGAUGAACCAGGCCCCUCCAAACAUGGGCCCUCCUAUGUUGGGAGGAUUUGCAGCUGGUGACGGCCCUCCACACGGGGGUACCAUGCCUCAAGGUCCUCCUCAGGGAGGAGGAAACUUUUUUAAUAACUUCUUCAAUCAGCAGGAGGGUAUGAAGAUGGAGGGGGUGGUAGAAGAAGGUGACAACUAUCAGGGCUUUUCUGGCGUAGAUGAGCGAGGAGGAACAGGGAAAUUUGGAAAUCAGUCAAGUGGUCAAGAAGGUUCUGGUAAUGGUGCUUCAAGCAAUCAAGGAGGGAUUUCUGUGCCAGACUUCCUUCCUCCAACUCAGCGUGUCCUGUUCAUGAGAAUCCAACAAAAGCAACAAGAGGAAGAGGAAAGGGCUCGCAGAAUGGCUGAAGGAGGAGCAGAGAAGAGUAGAGAUGCUGAAGGUGACUCAGGGAACUGGUACUCCAGUGAGGAUGAGGAUGGUGGUGGCAGUGUGACGUCCAUCUUGAAAACUCUCCGUCAGCAGACUCAGGCUUCUCAAAAAUCUGAAGGGCCCCCAAGUGACCCUCGUCUCCAAAAGGUCCCGGCUACCAGCCCAUUGACUCGGCCAGCAGAUCCUCGUUUGGCUCGGGACCCACGCCUGGCACGAGCUGCAGAGUCAGGCCAGGUCCCCGACUCCCACUCCAUGCCCCCUGUAUCCUCGUCUGGACCACCUGCAGACCCCAGGUUAGCCCGAAUGGCUGUGGCUGCCUCAGCAGGAGCCGGCUCCCACUUACCUCCUGCCUCUAAACCAGAACCACCUCUGGUCUACAAGCCCCCUCCUCUUACGGCCCCCGCAGCAGAUGAAGAGGAGACAGAACGUGUUCUACGGGACAAACCGGUGCCGAUUCCUUUAGACCCUCUGAUGGGGAUGGCUCUAAGAGACCCACGCUCCCAGCUACAGCAGUUCAGUCACAUCAAGAAGGAUAUUGUUCUGUACAUGCCUGCAUUUUCUAAAACCAUCACCUGGUCUCCUGAAGAUCUGCUUCCACUGCCUAUCCCUAAACAGGAUCUGCUCCCGCUCCCACCAGGCAUCCCUCCUGUGUCCUCCCUCGACUCGCGCAUCUCUCGCACUCAACAGCAGCAUCACACAUCGCUCCCUCACUCGCAGCCUCCUCCUGUACAGCCUCCUUCCUCCUUGGACCCCCCUGCCCCAUCCUCCUCCUCCAUCCCAGACUUUGAGCUGCUCUCACGCAUUUUAAAGACUGUCAACUCCAGUCCGUCCCAGUCACACUCGCCUCCUCUUAUUCCCCCUCCCGCCGCCUCUUUGGUGGGUUCACCUCCCCCCAUGCCCCCUGCACCUGCAGAAAAGCCUGUCGACCCCCGUAUGGCCCGGAAAGCCCCCACAGACCCCCGUCUCCAGCCACAGAAGUCAGCACUGAAACAACCGUCAGAUCCAGCCCCUUCGUCUGUUCCUCCUACAUCUCCAGGAGCAUCCUCCAGCCCUCCGCCGCCUGCUAUUGCCCCUUAUGAUCCCAGGCUGCUUUCCUCAGGGGUGGCAGGGCGCGGUGUGGGUACAGGAACACCAGGGGGAGCUAGUGUGCUGAGCAACAUCAGCCUUUAUGAUCCUCGGACUAACAAGCCAGGCAGCCCUGGUUCUGGCAGUGGCUCUAACAAUUCCCCCAAUUCAGCCAGCACAGAUUCCAAACUCAGUGACCCUGUUGCAGGUAAACCCAAGUCCAAGGAGCCCCUGUUCGUUCGUAAGUCUGCACUGGACCAACCAGAGCCAGAAAAAAGUGGAGAGCAAGGAACUGAUCGAUACAACAGCUAUAACAGGCCUCGCCCCAAGCCUGCACCGUCGCCUAACUCCACAGCCCAGGGAGGGCCUGGGGCAGGCGGGGCAGCCACAGCUGCGGGGCAGGGUGCUGCUGCUGACCAGGGCCCUGCAGGCAUCCACAACCUUCCUGUUUCAUCCCUGUUCGGGGUGGUGAAGCAGGCGGCAAAGCCUGGUGGGACAAGCAGCCCAUUUGGUGGAAACAGCCCUGCGCAGCCGGACCAGGCAGCGACGGAGCAGGACAACGCCUCGCUGAAGGACGUUUUCAAAGGCUUUGACCCCACUGCCUCACCCUUCUGCCAGUGAACCCACUCCCACACAAAAAACACACUGGAACCCUUACAUGUUCAGUUAUUGGCUUGUUUUAACAUUUUUGGACACUGAGGAGAUCAGUGAUAAGGAAAGAGAAGCGCACUGAGGCAGCUGCCUGUAAAACUGGCUCAAACAAGCCUUUAUGAACAGACUGAUAGACAAGCACACACUCAGUGUUGUAGAUUCAGAUUCUAUAAAAGACUCCCGGCUUUGCAGGAAGGGUUUAAAAUUAAAUCUAUAUUUUAAACAGCCGUAUCGAUGUAUAAAUAAAUGUAUCCUCAGUAUCUCAAUGCCUAAUAAAACAGUUAUUCUCACCACAGCAUAAACACAUUAUUUGUUAAUUUUAGUUUCACAUCUUGUUUUAUCAUCUUUCACUUUAGUUCUAAGCUUAUAUUUUGUGUUAAACUGAUGUGUUCUGUAUCUUGGGCAGGUCAGAUCAGGCAGAGUUUGGCACCAGAUGGGAGUAAAUGUCAUUCAAAAGAGAUCCAAACGAACAACAGACCUGCCUUAGCCUUAACUGACCUCGCUACACAGCAUCCAUCUUGUCACUAAGACUCACGUUUCCUGUAGAGAUAAACUUUAAUAUAUCUUCAGCUUAAAUUGUUGAGUAUUUAUUUUUCUAAUUUGCACAGUUAGUUUGUCAGUUUGUGUCCUAAAGGUGGUAAUGGAUGGUUUCUCGUCCAAGGCUCCUACAGCAGUUCAUGUACUGUUUCAGGUGUAAAGCUGCUGCUCAGCUGUGAGAGGAGGUGACCUCUGACCUUUGAGUGCUGCCUCCCUAACCACUUUUACCUGUUCCUAAAAGAAUAAAAGACUGUAAAUGUUGAACAAGCAAACCAUGAAUAACGUUUCAGGACAGGUCUGAUAAUUAGGAAUAGCAUCAGUGAGACUGAUGUUGAAACCACACUUCCUUUGAUCAGCUUUGAGUCACUGACCCGACACAUUUUAGCCUCUCGUGACAUUUUAAUAAAACAGUGGAAGACAAGUUUAUUUUGAACUUGUAUGGUGACAGAGUGACAAUCAGAAACUAGAUUUGGACCUUAAGUGAAUGAACCCACUUCAUUCAGUGCAUUAAACGGUGGAAGUCACACAUGAGUUGUGGCAUUUGUUCCCACUCUGCCUGAUAAACCCAUGAUGUUAUUGGCACGUGUUUAAAAUGCUUUUAAAUGUGGUCCUUUACUUUCUCCAGCAGGUGUAUCAGCUCUCAGCGUCCUCGCCGACUGUCCUGUGUAUAAAUGUUGAUCGUUCUAAUUUAUUUUUUAUACUGGAGUAAUUAUACUGUCUCCGCUGUCACUUCUGAACCCAAUCAUUUUACAUGUGGAGUAUGUGAUUACCUCUAACCUCAGUGUGAAGAGGAGACAGGCUUAUUUUUUUAUUAGUUCUAAUGACAGAUUCCCUAUUCGCCAGCGGAGGCUGUCGGCUGCGACGACUGUGACAGUGAUUCAUUUGUCUUUUCCUUUUUCCUUGGGUUUAACUGUACGUUUGUUUCUGUCCUCGCUCUGUAAAUUUGACCAGAGUUUUCUAACUGUACACUGUAGGUGAGAUUAUCAAAUUAUUUAAAUAAAGUUGGUACAUGAUCGACCAAUGA